AUGUACAAAGUGCAGGUGGAAAGAGUGAGCCACAUGCAGGAGCUUCAUCUGCCUGCACGCUCCCCUCAGGUCACCACCCGCAUGGUCACCCAGACACCUGGUGAGCUCCUGCUGACCCGAUGCAGGACAUGGCAUCACCAGAGACAAUAUAUAAACUCGUGUGCAAGAAAAUGGAACACUCUGUUGGCCUCACAGGAGAUAAACCUCAGUGACACAAACACUCAGACAUUUAAAGUGCAACGCGAGGAACUGCAUGGGAUGUCUCUGUUCCACCCACACUCUCUGGGUACCUUGAGGCUCUUCCUCCUCGCUGCUGUCAUUUGCCUACAGGAUGGGGCAGCGGGCGGCACCACGCACCUGGAGGGCGUGGUGAAGCGCGUGGCCAAGCACCACCUGGCGCAGUGUUACCUGGUGGUGGUGACGACGGAGGAAGGAGCGGCGGCCCUUACCCCUGUGGCCAGAUCCCUGUGGGAAGUAUUUUACCCAUUCCUGUGGGUGGCCGUGGGUGCCGCUGCCACUCCUGCCUCCGUGGUGGAUGGUCUGCGAGAGAGGGACCCUCGCUUCAGUUGCCGAGCCUUCCUGCUGGAUCUGUCACGGCCUGCUGACUCCAUACACCAACUGAAGUUCUUGGAGGAUACACACUUGCAUUUGUGGCCGGAGACAAGAGUGGUGGGUGUGGGGCCGCCCCUAUCCGCUCCUGCUGACACACGUACACUCUUGACGCAUCCAGCCUUCCGCAACACUCCACACGUCCUGUACUUCGCCCUCCACGCCCACGACGAUCCGCCGGAUGCCCAGAAGUCUGGAUUGAUCCCUUGGGGAACAGAAGAGAGCUGUGGUGCCGUAGUGGAGGAGGGAUGGCAAGAGAGAGGUGUUCCCGCGGGGGCUUGUGGUGAAGGAGGGAGUGUCGAGGUGUUUCGUCGAUGCCUUUAUUGUCUGGCUGGUGAGGCGGCCGUGCUCCUGGUGACCCGCUGGCGUGGUGGUGGUGGUGGCGGCGGUGGUGGUGGUGACUCUUCUGUUGAUCUCUUCCCUGAUGAGUUCGGAAACCUAGCUGGCCAUCAGUUCCGGAUCGUGUCAAUGGACUGGUACCCGUUCCUCUCCUUUCGCCGGGACUCCAACGCCUCGGACACCACAGUCACGCCCCUGGACUCCCUCGACUUCAGGAUGCUCACUGCCGUCUCCAGCGUCUUGAACUUCACGUACGAGAUGCGUGUGCCGUGGGAUAACCAGUGGGGUGUGUCGCAGGAGGACGGCAAUUGGACGGGCACGGUAGGGACGCUGCAGCACCACGGCGCGGACUUUUCCAUGCUGCUGUCCUGGCUACCAUCUCGCAUGGCCGUGGUUGACUACUCCCGCGUGUACAUCUCGGAGCCUCUUGUCAUCGUCACGAGCAAACCAGGCCCUCUCCCGCAGAUCUUCGCCCUCGUCAGACCCUUCCCAGACGUGUUAUGGGCGGCUGUGGUGCUGGCGAGUUUGGCAGCGGGCGUACUGAUGUGGGCGCUGGAGGAGGCGUGGUUGUGGGCGUGUGGCGGGGAGGGUGCAAGGGACCUAAGGCGGCGUGGGCUGAGCGGAUCUCUGUUGACAGCCUGGCGAAUGCUGCUGGAGGAUCCCGAACCUUGCAUGCCCUCCUACAUGACGGCAUCGCACACUAGUUAA